AUGGUGAUUUUCUUAAAUUUUUCUCUGAAUAUCGGCUUUGACCCGGAUCAGUUACAUCAAGGUUGUGCUUUCCAGCUGCUGUUUCGUAUCUUGGCUCUGAGCCUGUUUUGCCUCCAGUUGUGCCACCUUAGCAUAGCAAGUCCUGACGAAUAUCGGCUCCUCUCGGACCUUCGCCAUAAUUACGACCCUUAUGAACGGCCUGUCGCCAAUGCUUCAGAACCUCUUGUCGUCAGUGUGAAAAUCUAUCUGCAGCAGAUACUUGAUGUUGACGAAAAAAAUCAAGUCAUCACUCUUGUAGCUUGGAUCGAAUAUCAGUGGACGGACUACAAGCUGAAAUGGCAACCAUCAGAGUAUGGCGGUAUCAAAGACAUACGUGUGCCGGGAAAUGCAAAUGCUAUAUGGAAGCCUGACGUACUUUUAUAUAACAGCGCUGACGAGAGUUUCGACUCUACAUAUCCUGUUAAUUACGUUGUAAGUCAUACCGGUCAUGUGCUGCAGGUACCACCCGGAAUCCUCAAACUGUCUUGCAAGAUUGAUAUCACGUAUUUUCCUUUUGACGAUCAAAUGUGUCACCUGAAGUUCGGUUCAUGGACUUACAGCGGCAACUUCAUUGAUUUACGCAUUAACGGGCCCGAGGGAAUGAACAUAUCGGAACAAGGGAUGGACAUAUCUUACUAUGUGGAAAACGGAGAAUGGAACUUGCUA